AUGAGUUCAAAGAUUUGGAAUUCAGUAAAACGAAAUAUAUACCUGCGCUAUGGCGAGUCAGGGAAACUUCUUCUUGUGCUUUUAGCCACUUGGUUUGUUGUGUUCUACUUCAAUGAAACCAUAGUGCCUCAUAGGGCAGCACUGCAAUGUGAAUGGCCGCGACUCAGCGUACAGCACGAUUCGAGUAAAUACAAAGAUACAAACACAGGCAUUAACGUUUUCCCCGAGCAGACCAAUAUACUUCUUAUCGCUGACCCUCAAUUGAUUGACAACCAUACUUAUCCUGGUCGCAAUGGUCCUUUACUAAAACUUUCACAGCAUACCGUUGAUCAAUACAUUAAGCGAAACUACCGGGCUCUCCUCAAUAAGCUUGAUCCAGAAUAUAUCUUUUUCCUUGGCGAUCUUUUGGACAAUGGAAGGGGAUCUACAGAUGAUUAUUUUGCUCAUGAAGUGGAAAGAUUCCGUUCGGUUUUUCCACCUCGUCAACACAUGUACACCAAUUUACCUGGUAACCAUGAUAUUGGAUUUGGCGAUUUGAUCCGAAUAGAUGUAAGAGACAGAUUUACAAGAACAUUUGGACAACCUAAUUACUCAAUGAAGAUUAAUGGAGUAGACUUGAUCAUGUUGGACACCACCAGUCUUUCGUCCACAAAGGAUAUUAUCAAGAACCCAACGCAGCAUUAUAUUUCUCAAUUACCAGAAAAGACGUCGCCGCGGAUUUUAUUAACCCAUGUUCCCUUAUUUAGAGAUCCAAAGCUUUCGUGUGGUCCACAUAGAGAAACUUCAAGGUUUGAUGUCUUGGGACAUGGUUAUCAAUACCAAAACUCGUUGACCUCACAAAUCUCUAACCAUUUGAUGGAAACAGUCAAACCUGAUCUUAUAUUUUCCGGUGACGAUCAUGAUUACUGUGAUAUCGAACACGAAGAAGGUAUAAGGGAAAUCACAGUGAAAUCCAUAUCGAUGGCAAUGGGCCGGAAAUACCCAGCAGUGCAAUUGUUGAGUUUUACGACUGAUGCAGAAAAAAAAUUGAAUUACUAUACAGAUAUUUGCUACUUGCAAACGCCCUAUAUCAAUAUCAUCGUGUACCUCACACUUGCUGUGAUUUCAGCCAUAAUAAUAUUCUGGAUGAAUAUGAAAAAAACACUGUAUUUGCAAAAUGUCUUGCCUAUUGCAGCAUAUAAAGAAAAGAAAAUAGCUAAUAAAGGUUUGAUGAGAGAAUGCGCCAAGGACUCUGCAAUUGUUGGAAUUGGAGCACUUCUCAUAUACGUAUUAUUCAUAGUUAAGUAG